GCAUUCGUUUCAUAAACGAUUUCAAAGUUCUUGAUUUACACGCCCGCUCUAAAAACAAGUAAGCAAGACAGCUACAACAUCCAGUCAUCAUAAUAAAGAAUGUUUUUCAAAACAAAAUCAGCAAGCGGAGUGUAUUCACCGCCUUAGUAGAGGAUCAGUCGUAACACGUAGUGGAUGGCUACCAUAGAUUGCACUUUUAAUAAUAAUUGACACUCGACGGUUGUAUCGUGUUUGAGAUUUGAAUCGCGUAUCCGGUACAUUACAAUUAUUAUUUGAAUUACGUAUUUGUAGCGUGACCUUGCGACUUAUUUUCUCAUGGAUGUGCAUACUUUCCGUGAGGUUGGAAUAAAGGAUUUAACAAAAGACGAACUCAACAUAAAAGCAAAUACCAUUAACCACCUGAAGUCCAAAUUGGAAAAUCAUGAUAUAGUGAAUCUCAGAAGAACAGACAAAAUGAUACCAGACACAAUAGGCAAUGCUGACCGCAAUUCGGAACCUAUACUAAACGAAGAUGGAUUAAUCAUACCAAAAAAACCUGUAAAUCCUGUUAAAGAGAAUAUUGAAAGACAGAAUCUUCAUAGAGAAUUAUUAUUUAAUAAAAAAAUAGGUAAAAAUGUUUUGAACCAAAAAACCGAAUUACAACGAGCCUUAGAGAAACAAAAAGACAAUCUUGCUAAGAAGCAGCUUGAGGACCAUAUAGCAGCCCAAACCCCUGAAUUCGAAAAAGUGAUUGCUGAUAGGGCAAAACGUCUUCAAAGCUCACAUGAAGAUAAAAAUGAAGAUGACAAAGUCAUAAAUAAAGAACUGCUCCAAAUUCGAAUGAACCUCAAGACUCGAAGUGACGCUAAUAAAUAGCUUUCAUUAAAAAAUGACUAUAUUAUUUAGUAUAAUCUGUAAGAACAAAAUAUCUACAAAGCAACAUAAUAGUAUAUGUAUACUGUAAAGCCUAAUACCAAGGUAAAAAUUAUAAUUUAAAAUUUGGGACCCUAGAUCUAGGGAUCUUACAGAACAUGCAAGGAGUUCUAGUUUUUUGUUAGAAUAGGAAUUGUAAUAUUAAUUUUUGUCACCUUAUGUUAAAGUAUUAUUACCAAGCAUUUAAUUGUAAUAUUAUGUAUUAAUUUCUACACACCAGUUCAAUUAACUGGUUAACAAUUGUUUCUAUAAGUACGGUUCCCUAAAAGAUUGAUAGUUUAAAAAAAUAUCUUCAUGUGAAAUCCACUGUAUACUAUUUUUUAAGUAUAUUUGGUAAUCCAUUAGAAAUAAAAUGAUUACUUUAGAAACAUAUUUUUCCGUUUGAGUUUGACAUAAUUGUGGAUGUUUAUUCCUAGGUUAUAUAGUUAUAUAAGAAGUGAUAUUCAAAAAUUAUAUUUAGUUCAGAGAAAUUAUGACUUACUUUGCUUUAUUUAAAAUUAAAAUAUAACAUAGAAAAAGGAGAGUCUGGGCACUAACUUACCAUAAUAAUCAAAAACAUAACUCUAUAGUUUGGACAAUGCAAUUUAACCAGGCUGGUGAUUAUAUAAAUUACCAGCUUCCUUUUAUUUUCAUUCCUUGGAGGAGUUGUGCAAGCGUGUGCUAGAUGACAUUUAUCCGUCAAGAAUAUAUAAGAUAAAUUUUACUUCUUUUGACACUCAUUGUACAAGGUGGCACAAACUGAACGCAUGAAUUUCAAACCAUUAUAAUUUGCUUUAUUUUGAUUACAUUCAAAAUGGCACAUGAAUACAAUGUUACCUAACCUAACCAAUGUAUGACUUUGUUCAUUGGAAUAUCGAUAUGCACUGUUUGUAGGGAACUGAACAGGAUACGCUGCAGCGAGACAAGUUCAGAGCUGGAGCGCGCCGCCUAGUGGAGUGGCGAGGACUUUGAAGAAACGACGCCCUAACUCUAUCAACAUUUUGUGGAGUUCGCGCCGUGUGAGGACGACCAGGCGACUUCUGCUUCAUAAUUGAUCCAGUUGUGCGAAAAGAGGCAACCCAAUGUAGUAUUGUGUUGCGAUCAGGUAUCGAACCAUUUCGUGGAACAUUGAACUCUGUGCGUAAAAGUCGUAAUAACAGAUUCAUCACUUUUGAAAAAAUGUUCAACCAGCCCCCGCCCCUCCGCUCCACUCCUCUACUCAUAUUCAUGCGUUCUUUUUGCGCCACCCUUUACCAAUAGUUAAUUUUGUGUUUCAUGAUUGAGCUUAUCUGUGCAAAGUUCUAGUAUGAUUGAAGAUAUAGUACUGAUUUCAUGUUUUCUUUUCAAAGUAAAGAUAUAGAUACCACUUUUCUUCAGUUCUUCCAACUUCUCUGCAGUGAUUUUACUAGUUUCUUUAGUUUGCUCGCGGCAUUUUUAUGCAUAUUGUGCUUUGUUACAGUCCACGCCCGAAUUGGUAAAGAUCUGCAAGCUUCUUCGCACAAAAAGAGUUUUGGUGUGUUUUUAAGCAUUUUCCUGGAAUAUAACCUCUUGAAUAACAAAACCCGCAGUUUCAGAAACACUCAAUUUAGCUCUAAGUGUAAACUAAUAUCAGCACCUAUCAGUUUGAACUCUUGAUGUAUAUAUAAAGAGUUUUAGGGCUAAAUAAACGAAACUAGGAUAUGUGUUUGAAAAAUACAAACUUUGCAAGAUAUCUUUAUACUGUGUUUGCUACUUUGAGGCGUUUCAAACUUUUCUUUUCUGUUCAUGGGGUGAGUUAAUAGAUGUCUUACAUUCUUAAUUUAUGUAAACACUAUACACUACACUAAUUUAUAUUAAUUCACACAACACUUUCACUUAACUAAGAUAAUUUAUCUAAAUUCUUCGAUUACUUUCUAUUUCGGUCUAUUCACUACGUCUUUCACAAAACAAAGAAA